AAGCUCACGCCACAUCACGUGGGAGGAAAAUUCUUAUCUUAUCAGAUUUUUCCCACUGAUCCUCCGAGGGUUCGCUUCUUCUUCUUACUUUUCUUACAGCUUCACCAUCAAUGAAUGACUAGGGCAAGACAAGACCCCACGCGUUGUGCCACGCGUCAAGAUGCUCUCCUACUUUGACCUCCCGGUAUUUUUCGUUGUUUUUAGGGAGACUUUGGAAACCGCAAUUGUGGUUUCCGUGCUCCUGGCAGUCCUCAAACAAAGCUUGGUUCAGAAAGACCAUGAGGGCUUGCGUACGAGGUUGAACAGACAGGUGUGGUUAGGUGCUGCAGGUGGACUGGCAGUCUGCAUGAUCCUUGGUGCCGGGUUUGUGGGUGUCUUCCUUUCCAUAGGAGUGGAUCGAUGGAGCGACAGCGAGUAUAUCUGGGAAGGCGUCUUGGGCAUCAUCGCUUCUAUCAUCAUGACAAUUAUGGGAAAGUCAAUGCUGCGGCUCUCCAUGACUCGUGGCAAGUGGCAAGCCAAAUUCGACAAUCGCUUGACGAGGAGUGCAAGUGGGCAGAAGUCCGCCGGCAAUGUAUGGACCCGCUGGUAUCAACAAUAUGAGUUCCUUGUUCUGCCAUUUGUCACUAUACUGAGGGAGGGCAUCGAAGGCAUCAUGUUUGUCGCUGGAGUCAGCGUGGGAGCAUCAGCCACUUCAAUCAUUUUGGGAGCCAUUACUGGCAUGGCAGCAGGCUGCCUGGUGGGCUAUCUGAUAUAUCAAGGUGCAGCCACUACAUCUCUCAAGCUCUUCUUGACGAUCACGACAUGCUUCUUGUACCACGUCGCGGCUGGUCUUUUCUCGAGAGCCAUAUGGUUCUUCGAAGCAGACGCCUGGAAUAAGGUGACCGGUGGUGAUGCGGCAGAAAAUGGAUCAGGACCUGGAUCCUACGACAUCCGACGGAGUGUGUGGCAUGUCAAUUGUUGCAACCCUGAAUUGAAUGGUGGUGGAUGGUGGGGUGUCUUCAACUCGCUUCUGGGUUGGCAGAACAGUGCAACUUAUGGCAGCGUUAUCAGCUACAACCUCUACUGGUAUACUGUCAUUGUGGGUUUAUUUUGGCUCAGGUAUAAGGAAGUCAAAGCAAAAUAGAGAACUUGGGCUAUUUGACGGUUUAUUGACAACAUGUACGAUAGCAUCACCAGCAUGUGUCAAAAAUUUUAGGUCCUGGCUUGAUCUUAUCUGAUUCUCGUAUCGUGUCACAGGGCUGAUCAUCUCGGCGGAACAGCUUGUGACACCCACCAGUGCAGUUAUCAACUCGAGGCAGCGAUUGACUGACUCAGCGAGAAUCACUGUUGAAAGACUUCUGGGAUGAUGAUGCGUACAGAGUGAAGCAUGCAAAGUUUAAUUGCACUACAUACAUUCGUGAAGACAAGGUAGGUGCUGGUUGCCCACUUUCCAGUUCUUGGGACAG